AUGUUCAGCGAACCAUCUCAGGACAAUCAAUGGAUAUCUUCAAAUAUGAUUGUUUUACAGGAAAAAGAUAUGCUUGGUAGUGAUAUGGCUAAUCGGCGAUCAACGACUUAUACAGAAUGUUGUAGUUUUUGUCUGUCGACGCCUGGAUGUGGUGGAUUUGUAUGGGGCUGGCCAAAUAAUACAUAUCCCGUUAACCAAUCUCGUUGUUAUUUAAAAAAUGGGUUUGUUAUUCCAACUAGUGCCGCGCGAUUUACUAGUGCUCACUUCUAA